AGUUAUAUUUAGAUCAAAACACGUGUGGAUCGUCAAGUGCCUGUGAAUAUGGCUAAAUCGGACGAUUUAAUUGCCCAAAAGACAGAGACUGUCAAAAAUUCUUUACAUAAUAUUCCCAGGGGGCAACCUAAGUCAGGUAGAGCGUGGAAAUCACCACGACAAGCAAGACAUUCGGAGAUAAAAAAGGUUAAGUCACUGAAAUCAUCAUGGAAUAAGAAAAUGUCAGAAAAAGCAGAGAAAAAAUCCAUAAAAGAGUUCCAGAACAGAUUGAAGGAAGCCAGAAAUGAAGAACUUGAGAGAAAACGUAAACGGGCUGAGGACAACCAGAAGAGAAGGGAACUGAAUGCUUUGAAAUCUGAAGUAGUGCAAACUAUUAAGAGCACAGCAAAAAUAAAGAGAAUGAAGAAAAAACAACUUCGCACUCUGGCCAAGAGAUGAAAUGUGUUUCAGAUGAAGAGCUUGUUACCAUGGUUACUCAUGCUGUGCCCAAAUGGGAUGCCAUUAUUGUUUUAAGUGGCCAUGUAAUUAAUCAUUGAAAAGUGAGGAAAGUAGACAUUUCACAUGUUUUAUUAUACCCAAAUGUUUUGGAAGAAAAUGGUAUUCUUCCACUUCAGCUGAAGUUCUUGGUGAGCACGUGGGAGAGAACAAACUUUAGUUAAAAUGUUAAUGUAACAGUACAUUUUUACAUAAAAAGUUAAGACACAAUAAGAUCCCAUUACAGACUUCUUUUUGGGGGUGUCAUUGAACAUUGAAAAUGGCAUAUGAGUUGCAGGCAGUUCUGUUAAACAGGUUAUUAUGGUUGUCUGGCAUAAACAUCUAUUGACAUUACAAGCAAAGUAAGGCAACCUCUUGAAUUCUUGGCAUGAGAAUAGGAAAGCUUCUGAUUCAAUAAUGGAUCAUUGUCUGGCAUAUGUUUUAUGCCAUAUUAAUGUUGUUUUGAGAUGUUUUGAAUGAAAUAUGUUUAAACAUUA